CUCUGACCCUGGCCCUGGAGACGAGGAACAUGGGACUGGGCUGUAACGGCUAAUGGUGGUGCAGGCAGGCGCGCGCGCUGUUAGAGAGAGAGAGAGAGAGCAGAAGAAGAAGAAGCAGCAGCAGCAGAAGAAGAAGAAGAAAGCAGCUAUGGCGGAAUUUCUCAGCGACCCGUCUGUGUUGACUAAAGACAAGCUGAAAAGCGCGCUGGUGGCCAACAACGUGGCGCUACCGAACGGAGAGCAGCGGAAAGGAGUGUAUGUGGAGCUGUAUCUGAAGAACCUGACCUCCCAGAACAAGAGGAGCGGCUCCGCGGCGGAGGCUUUCUCCAGCGACGAGGAGCCUCCAGCCCCCGCCGCCGCCUCCAUUACAGCUCGCUCCGGCAGGAAAGCCACAAGGAAAACAGACCGAGUUCGUCCUGAGGAGAUCGACGUGACCGAACUGACCAACGAGGAGCUGAAGGACCAGCUGCUGAAGUACGGAGUCAACGCCGGACCCAUCGUAGCAUCCACCCGUAAAGUGUACGAGAAGAAGCUGCAGAAGUUACUGGACCAGGGUCCUCCUCAGACCAGCGUCAUCGCCGUCUCCGAGCCGGUUCCGACCCACAACAGCCGUAACGGGAAUGCAGACUCGGAUCAGUACAGCGAUAAAGAGGAAGAAACAACAGCAGCAGCACCAGUUCCAGAGCCAGAACCCGAGCCGGAACCGGAACCGGAGCCUGUCCCCGUGGUGGAGCGGCCGCUGAGGAGCCGAGGAAAAACACCAGUGACCACCCGAACUCGAAGCAGCCAGAACAAGGAAGAAGACGAUGAGUCAGAGGCAGAAGAGCUUCAGGUGGUGAAUGUUGAGAGAAAGUCGAGGAGGUCUUCUCGCCGGCUGGAUCACGCUGUUCCUGACCCUGUUUCGGCAUCUGAGAUGCUGCCAGUUCCUCGGGAGAGAAAAAGAUUUUCGGCGAUACCUAAAGAUCCGAAGCCGCUGCUCGCGGACAUGCUGCCGAUAUUUCCCUCAGUGAGCGCGGACGGCUUGUCCGGGUCUCCUGAACGUCUUCCGGCUUCAGUCCACGCCGCUUUGGAUGAUUACGACGAAGCCUUUUCCACUGACAAGUUUUAUAAAAGGGUUCAGCUCCCUGUGAAGACCGUGGAGCCACAUGGUACACCAUCACCUUCCUGGCAGCAAGAAAGAAACAAAGCAAGAAAGCUUAGUGAAAGUGCUGCUGCUCUGCCUAAAGCGUCCGGUGAGGAAGUACAGCUUUCCCUCCUCGAUACCGCUCUCCUCGAGGUGAUUUCUUCAUGCACCUUCUUCCUCAUUGUAGUUUUACUGGAAACACUACAGAAGCUCACAAUCCACAUCCUUACUGAAGCAAAAUGGUUUUUAUUUUAUGUAUUUGCAUAUCAGGUUGGUCCACAUGAGGUUCUGGGCUCUAGACCUGGUCAUGUGGGCUCGUCCCAGGAGCGUAAAUCCGUCUCAUCGUUCAAGUGCACAAAACAGCCCAAUUCACCUUGUUCAGCUUCAGCUCAUCCGUCCAGAGAUCUGAUCCACAUGAUGUGCCGCCUUUCACCUUCCCGAGCUAGUCAAGGCAACGAUUCCCCCCGUUCUCUCUCUCUAACGGAUUCUCCCCAUCGUCCAACUCGCGAUCUUCCCAUCGCAAAGAGCUCGCCUGACGUAAAGGAGCGAUCAAGUGGUUCUGCUGCAGCAGUACAGAGCAGAAUCGAUGGGUUCUUCUCUCCAGUUACCCCUGUGCGGGGGCAGGACGACAGCCCCAGAGAUCAGACACCAGGAGGACUGAUUGAGAAGUUAUCAGCCGUUGAGCAGACCCCAAAAACAGCAGAGAGAGACGUGCUGAAGGAAUUGUUCCCUAACGAGGUCCUCAACACUCCCACGGGAAUCAGCGCCACUCGUCGGCAGCCGAUUAAAGGAGCAGCGGGCCGGCCCUUCAGCAGCCCCUGGCAGGACAGCCUGCGUCCACGUCUCACCGAACACAGAUACACCAGUUCAUCCUACACGGAGACCCGAUCUGUCCCUCGCGUCAGCGCCGUCCCUCGCGUCAGCGCCGUCCCCCUGUCCGUCCCCCUGUCCGUCCCCAAACCCGCAGCGCCCCCGAGUGUCCCGGCCAAAGCGAGGCGCCGCGUGCCCGUGUGGGUGCAGCUGCUGCUCCUCAGUGCCGUCGCCGGCUUCCUGCUGUUCGUCUACCAGGCCAUGGAGAGCAACCAGAUGAGUCCGUUUGGGCAGCCGGGCCGCACCGGUGCGCUAGAUAACGCCUGAGAAUGAACAGUCUGUCUUUAACGUACCUUCAGACCACCGGCGUUUAAAGACUUCUCUCUUCCCUGUACAUCGUUUUUCUAACUCGCCCAGUCCAGAGAACCAUCCGGAACCAAACGAGAUCGCCAGAACCCGUUUGCGAUUCUUUUCUGAUCAGUUUUCGAGGGCUCUGUUUGGUGCUAGGUUUGUAAGAAGCUUCUGAAUGAAAGCUAGAAUUAAGGACAAGCCAAAGGAGUAAUGUCUCUAUGUAUUUUUAUGUUUUGUGAAUAUAAUAUCUAGGGGGGGGGAAAAAACCUAAUUAAUCUGAUUUAUGAGUUUAAUAAUAAGUCACAAGACGGCCUUAAACUGAACUCGGGAUGCAUCGAUGCACUUUGUUUAAAAUCAACUCGCUAACGUUAUAAAGAACGAGCCUAGUAGUGCAUGAACACACACACACACACACACGUGUACACACGUUUCAUGACCACUAUUUAAACCAGGGAAAGGUAAUCAGAGCCAAAUCAAAUGUUCCAUGGCGCUCCUGACUGGUUAAUUAAUACUAACUAGGUUAAAAAAAAAAAAAAAAGUUUCCUCGUUCUGAAAAAUUUAGCACCGAUGCGUCCCUAAACCGAACCCGAACCCGAACCCGUCUCCUCACUAACUCAUCGUUUCACAGUGUUAUCGUGUCGAGUCUUAUAAUAUUUAUGUAUGUAAACUGUGUUUGCAAUGUAUUAAGACAUAAACUCACUGGCCACUUUAUUAGGAACACCUGCACGUUCAUGUACUCGGCCAAUCACGACGCAGAAGCGCAAUGCGUAAAAUCAUGCAGAUGCACGUCAGCCUCAGAUUCCUGUUCUUGGCUGACGGAAGUGGAACCCGGUGUGGUCUUUCUGCUCUUGUAGCUCAUCCACCUUAAGUUUUGUCGUGUCGAGAUGCUUUUCUGCUCACCACGGGUGUAAAGAGUGGUUAUUCGAGUUACCGCAGCCUUCCUGUCAGCUCGAACCAGUCUGACCGUUCUCCUCUGACCGCUCUCAUCUCAUGGUUUUUGUUUCUCGCACCAUUCUGCGUAAACUCUAGAGACGUCUUUCGUGUGUGUGUGUGUGUGUGUGUGUGUGGAAAUCCCAGGAGAUUUUCUGAAUCUUUAUUAGGUGUUCCUAAUAAAGUGGACAAUGAGUGUAUAUUGCAACUCACUUUUGAUUAUAUGCAACAUAUUUGUACGUGUUUAUUCAUUAGAAAUUCCAAAAAAAAAUGUCAACAGCACAAAAAAAAUUCCUAAUUGUUUUUAAUAUCUUAUUAUCAUUGAAAGGAAAUUGACCUCACUGAUGAUUUAUAAGCAGUGUAUCGACUUGAAAAGAUUUGGUAAAUAAUAAUAAUAGAAGAAUAAUAAAAAAAACUUUAUUAAAAUCAGAAUGUAUUGGCUUGAAACCCACCAGACAUGACGGAAGCUCAGCGCUUCGUCUAGCCAUCGUAUUUUCCUCACGUAUCGAAUAUUUACUCCUCCUUAUCGUAUUUAUUGUUGUUUAUGUUUAUUUGGGAGAACGGAGCGUGGAUUAUGUCUGAGAUGGAGAACAGGGCUUCUUUUGAAUUAAACCGUGGGGAUUUUUUUAUACUGUAGACGGCAUCAUGUGAUUUGUAGAAAUGAAAUA